CUAUUCUUGUAUAUUUUAAUAACAAUACUAUUGAAGUACGUCAUGAGUGCAUUAUGGAGAGAAUAUAAAUUGGAAACAACUGGACCAGCUAUCAUGGAAAGUCUGGAUAGCAUGUGUAUAUGUAAUGGAGAUAUAAAUCAUUUUAGCAAUGAUUCUGUUCCCAUAAAUGGAAUCACUCAGAAUGGAAUACAUGUAAAAUGUCAGUACAACCAGUCCAGAAGUUUUUUAUUAAUAGAUAAACAAGAAUACCUUCGAGUUUCCAAUGUGGAAAAGUUUAUGGAAAAAUUGAAUUAUAACAAUAAGGAUCUAAAAGUAAAAGUGGUAUCAAUUUUUGGGAAUACUGGUGAUGGCAAGAGUCAUGCAUUGAAUCAGACAUUUUUCAAAGGAGAGGAAGUUUUUAAGACUUCAAAUGAUCAGAAGUCAGGUACUUCAGGAGUUUGGGCUGCACUUGAUUCAGUUUUAAAUGUUAUAUGUUUAGAUACAGAAGGUUUAUUAGGUAUUACCUCUUAUGGAAAUAAACGAAUACGACUGUUGCUUAAAGUUCUUGCAGUAUCUGAUAUUGUUAUAUAUAGGACACAAUCAGAAAAAUUGAAUAGGGAUUUAUUUACAUUUCUUGGUACUGCUUCAAGAGCAUAUAGCCAACAUUUUCAAACUGCCUUACAAGCAAUAGGACAGAGAGAAGGGGUUACAGGUUCCUUAAGUGCCCUGGGACCAAGUAUUAUAGUAUUACACGAGACUAAAUACACCAAACCUUUGACCAAUAAUGGUCUAGAAAGUGCAGAAGAUGUUCUUAAAACACGGUUUGCUCAAAUGAAACUUGAAACAGAUGCAUUUAAUUCCAUAAAAUAUGUUGGGAUACAGACGACAAAUUCCACAACUGAUUAUGAACCUUUGCAGACUGCUAUUAAGAGAGAAUUACACAAUACAACUGUACGAUCUGCCAGAAAAUUACAUUUAGUUUAUGAUACAUUGAAAGUUUUGAACGAAAAAUUUUCUGGUGGGAUGGAGUAUUUUUCUAACAUUUUGUUCCCUGAUCAGUACUUCACCUGUCCUAUGAAAUGUCUCAGUUGUGGAGCUAGAUGUAGCAACAGCAUGGGACAUCUUCUAGAGGGUAAACCUCAUACUAGUAAUAACAGGUGUCGAUAUCAACAACAGUAUGAAAACAUAGUAUAUACAUGUAAAACGUGUUAUAGCAGUGGGAAUGAAGUACAAGUAACGAGACAAGUUGAAACUCAGAAUGAUAGUAGUUGGUAUGGAUUAGUUAAGUACGCGUUUUCGGGAGACGUGAUAGAAUGUCCACAUUGUGGAGAAAUAUACAGAAGCCGUCAGUAUUGGUAUGGUAAUAAGAAUCCGGAAGAGUUCGCUGUUUGUAAAGACAUUACACAUGUGUGGAACAUGACAAAUCAUUCUGUAGCAACUCAAAAUGCAGCACAAAGAAUGAUCGAUGGUGUGUCUUAUAUUACUGAAGCUGUAACCAACGUUUCGUUACAACCAACAAAAGUAUUGUCGGCAUGGGUUGCUGAUCAAGUUGCUCCAUCUUAUUGGAGACCCAACAAUGAAAUAAGGCACUGCCAUAAGUGCAAAAUGCCAUUCAGAUCAACAGAUACGAAACACCACUGUCGAGCAUGCGGGGAGGGUUUUUGCGAACAGUGUUCAUCAAAAACGAAGUGUGUUCCAUCCAGAAAUUGGUACACGCAAGUACGAGUCUGUGAUAUCUGUUAUAACAAAGACGAACCUACUGAAUCCUCGGAAGACGUUAACGCUAGAAAAGUAUCAGAACAAGUGGUGUCUACAUUGAGUGCAGUUGGUUCCGUUUUAAAUUAUUCCAAAUCGUUUAUUAAAGACACAGUUCGACCAUCUUAUUGGAUCCCCGAUUCAAAAAUUGUCAAUUGUUGCAUAUGUGAGAAGAAAUUUUCCAUAUCUAUUCCUUUACAUCACUGUAGAGAUUGUGGACGUGGAGUGUGUCAAGGUUGUUCACAGCAUCGUAAACCUGUACCGUACAGAGGAUGGGAUAAACCAGUUCGCGUUUGUGAUUCGUGCAGAAAGAUUGCUUAAAGGAGCUACCUGAACAAAAAUCGUUGAUAGGAUAUCGAUUUAUGGAAAAUCUGUUAAUCCAUUUGCACAACAUGUAUCGAUGAACUAGAAACACCUCGACGAUUAAGGGAUAUGUUUUUCAGAUUUUAUAUAAGCUGCUCGCAUUUCAUAACGAAAUGUAUGUG